UUUCUCUCGCUCGCUUGCUAUCUCUCUCUCUCGACUCGGCCUCGUUUCUCUCCUUCUUACAGUUGUGUUCUUGAAUUGCCUCCGCAUCAGGAUUCUUUGAACCAGCCAUCAUGGCUGACAUGAAAACGGGCAUCUUUGCGAAAAAUGUCCAAAAGAGGCUGAACAGGGCACAGGAAAAGGUGCUUCAGAAACUAGGCAAAGCUGAUGAAACAAAAGAUGAACAGUUUGAAGAGUAUGUUCAGAACUUCAAACGGCAAGAGGCAGAAGGUUCCAGACUUCAAAAAGAGCUCCGGGGAUAUUUAGCUGCAAUUAAAGGCAUGCAAGAUGCUUCCAAAAAGCUUACAGAGUCUCUUCAUGAAGUAUAUGAACCUGAUUGGUAUGGGCGAGAAGAUGUGAAAAUGGUUGGUGAGAAAUGUGAUGUGCUUUGGGAAGAUUUUCACCAAAAGCUGGUAGAUGGGUCAUUACUAACUUUGGAUACAUAUUUGGGACAGUUUCCUGAUAUAAAGAAUCGCAUUGCAAAGCGGAGCAGGAAGCUAGUAGACUAUGAUAGUGCAAGACAUCAUCUGGAAGCUUUGCAAAGUUCAAAAAGAAAAGAUGAAGGGAGAAUUUCUAAGGCAGAAGAAGAGUUUCAGAAAGCACAGAAGGUAUUUGAAGAUUUUAACACUGAUUUGCAAGAAGAACUACCAUCUUUAUGGUCAAGGCGCGUGGGCUUCUAUGUGAACACAUUUAAAAAUAUCUCCAGUCUUGAAGACAAAUUUCAUAAAGAAAUAGCUUUGCUCUGCCACAAACUUUAUGAGGUGAUAACUAAAUUGGGAGAGCAGCAUGCUGACAAAGCCUUCACAAUCCUUGGGGCACCCAGGUAA